CCGCAUUUGUUGUGCAAGCUCUCGCUGCUUAAUAACUGCGGCGUCUUAUCGCGAAUUGCAGCGGUGGACGCUACGACGCGCCAGCGUUUCUGUACAGCAGUAGUGCCAAAACCACCCUAGGGUAGCCAGCCGCCGCGACGACCAUGGGCGCGGAGCGGCGCCGCGCGCCCGCGCCGGACCAGAGGCGCUACGUCUGGUGCGGCGUCGCCGCGAUUCUCCUCGUUUGCGCCUCUUGGUGGCAGGGCUCCCACACGCCUCUGCCGAAGACGGCCGGCGAGGCUUGCGACACGAGGUGCGCAGCGCCGACGAACGGCACGCUCGCUGCGACUCUGACGGACGCGGCGGCGGCCGCACAGCGCACCUGCGCCGAGCGGCUCUAUCGUUGUAAUGAUGCAACCCUGGUUUUCGUCCAUGUCCACAAGGGCGGCGGCACGACCUUAGUGGACAUGGCGCGCGGAAACCGGGCGGGCCUCGCCCGUGUCAAUCGCAACGGCGAUCCUGAGCUCGGCGGCCGCCGCGUGCCCUGGUGGACCAUGGGUGCUUCGGAGCAGACGCGCUGGUUCGCGACGCUGCGACAGCAGGACGUGCGCUUCGUGGCCACGGAGAAGGGCUUCCCCGGUCCGUGACUCGGAGUAUCAAAUGAAUAUUGGACUUGAACUUGACUUGGUCUCCGCCAAGGCGUGACGCGAUGCCGCGCCGCCUCGACGCCGUCGACGCGGCCGCGAGAGUCUAGGCGCCUCGUGCACAAACAGGCAGCGUGACGGCGUCGUUCCGCGCAGGCAGCGCGAAUCUUCUAGCGCCCUACCCAAACAAGCUCGUGUAUGCCAUCGUGGUGCGGGAACCGACGCGGCGCUUCGUUUCGUACUACUUCUGGAAGUGGCGGCGGAAGGACUUGUAUGCUGUUGCGACGAAGCGAAUCCGCGGGAAUAGCGACGUCGCGGAAGUGUCCGAUGAUGCGCCGUCCUUUGGAAGGUUUGUGGAGCGGGAGCAGCCAUUAGACGCGUACUACGUCCGCCGGUUGCUAGGAAUGGGCGAGAGGGCGGUCGUUGUGGACGAAACUGCGCUAGCAAAGGCCAAGGAUGUUUUACGAAGAACUUUCAGCGUCAUUCUGCUAACUGAAAGGCUGGGCGACUUCGGGCCCCUCGUGAAGCGGACGCUUGGCUGGGCUUCCUCCGAUUUUGAUGCGUUCCGUGCGAAGAGGAACCCGGCGCCCAAUCUUAAAUUGUUGGAGGCGUGGCGCCAAGACUGGAACGAGGAGAUCGCGCGGCGCAUGCCCCUGGACCGGGAUUUCUACGCGUAUGCUGCAGGAUUGGCGGAGGAGCGGAUGAAGGCCGGGCAGUAAUUCGAUUUGUGUAUCUUAACUUCCGGUGAACUGUCGAGUAAGUCAUCUUAGGG